AUGUAAUAAUAAGGUAAUUACAUUUCUGAUCCUGCUGAAUACUUGUAAAAAAUGAAAGAGCAUAAAAAGAUUCUACUUGUAAAAUAAGAUAUCUUUGACUUCCAACUUUAUGACAUAUCCUUACAUAAGAAAGGUCCUAUGGAAGACAAACUUUACCUUAAAAAUCCAUUCUUUUUAAUGAAUGUUAGAAGAGGUAAUUCUAUUUUAGUACAUCAUGAUUCCAUAAAUAUUUGUAGAAGAGGAAUGAGAAAGUUCUAUGAUCUAGAAAGGAAGUAUAUUGAUUAUGAAAUGGAAUAAUAAAAUAUCAAAUUAUCAAGUUAUCAUCAAAAAGCUUGUCAAAAUAUUUUGUAUCCCAUUAAACAAGCUAUAUAAGAAGGAAAAAAGAUACAUCUCUAUAAAUUAGUUAAAGAGAAUGGUGAACAUUGUCAAAUAAGUUUUACAAAUAGUUAUUGGUUGGUAGCAUCAAAAAAUUGUACAAUUCUUUUUUAAACAGAGAAUGAUCUAAAUUAAUAUAAUCAUUUGAGACAUACAUGGGCUAAAUUAAUUGCAAAAUAAUGGUUAGAAAUUAUUAAACAAUAAAAUUAUGAUGAUUUGAAAUCAUUUCUUAAUCAACAUACAUUAAUAGGAGAAUAUUGUGGUAAUCCUAAUUAUUAACAUAUAACAAAGUAUUCACAUAUUCAAUUAAUCUUUUAUGCCAUAGUUAAUAAUAAUUCACCUGAUAUUUGUUUACCUGUCGAAAACACUAAAAAUAUUUGUAAAAAAUUUAAUUUACAAUUUGUCAAAAAUUCAUAGAUUAAAAAUUUUAAUAAUUAUGAAGUUGUCCUAUCUUAAUUAUCAAUUUGGUCAUAAUUAAUUGGAUAAGGACCUAUGGAAUUAGUAGGAGAAGGAUCUGUUAUUUAUUUUAUAGCAGAAGAUCAAAUUGGUAAUUAAUAAACUAUAAGUAUUUGUAAAUUAAAGUCUAUGGAAUAUUUAAUAUAUAGAAAAUUGAGAGAAUUAUUAAAAAUAUUAAUCUAAAAGAUAAAUUUGAAUGAACAUUAUUAAUUAUCAGUUUAAUUAGGUAAAUUCCUUAAUGAAUUGUAAAUCAUAAUCAAAUAAUAUUCUCCUCCUUAACCUAUUAGGUAUUAUCUUCAUAUUUCUAAAUUGGCUUUUGAAGAAGUUUAUAAUGAUAAAAUACCAUUUGAAAGAAUUAGAUAUAAUUUUGUUGAUUUCUUAGAACAUAUUUAAAAUAUGCAAGAAGACAAAAUGAGUGAAAUAGAUGAGUUAGGUGAAGUCAAAUAAAAGAAUUAUUAAAGACAUGUAAGAAUUAUACUAUUGACAUUACCAAUGUUUUUAGAAGACAAAACAUUGUAAAGUUUAAAAGAUAAUUUAAAUUUAUAAUGUAUUGAAUGCUAAUAUAUGUGGAGAAACCAAAAAGUAUUUGCAUAAAGAGCUUUGUCUAUAUUACAUAUGAUUCCUAAAUUACCAUAGAAUGUUAAUAAUGAAGAACAAUUAAAUGAUUACUUAAUAAAUUCACCAUUACAAAAUCAAGAUCCAUCUAAUAUCAUUUUUGUUUUCUUAGGUAUGAAUUAAGAAGCUUUCAACUAAUCAUUAAAGAACUUACAGUGUAAAAAUUUUUAAUUUUCAAAUCCUAUUGCAAGUUCUUUUGGUGUUUAAUUUACUAUUAUGAAACCAAAAGUAUUAUAAUUGAGUCUAGAAAGAUGGUUAGAAAAAGGUUAAGUUUAUUUAAAAGAUUGUUAAAAGAAUUUCCCAAAUAGAACCUUUGUUUUAGAUGAACUUGAUAUUCAUAAAUUAGAUUCAAUAAUAAAAUAAUUUGAAUUUGCAGAAUAACCAUCUAUUGAAGAAUAAAAUGAUUUGGAUUUAGAAGAAUCUGAUGAAGAUGUAUAAGCACAAAAUAAAAUAGUAAUUAUCUAUCCAUUGAUGAUACCUGGUUCUGGUAAAUCAACAUUAGUAGAAUAUUUAAAAUAAAAUUAUAAGGAUUAUCCUUUAUAUGAUAUUUGUGCUGAUGAAAUUACACUUCAAUUAAUAAAAAAUAAAUUGGGUGAUAGUACAGAUUCUUUAGCAAUUAAAUUCGAAAAAGUAUUUAUAUAUAUUAAAGAAACUUUUUAAUAAGAAUUCUAUAAAAAGAUAAAUGAAAUUAUUAAUUCCAAUCAUUAAAAAGCUGUUUUGUUUAUUGAUCGUAAUUGUGUUCCUCAUACUCUAUCUUAUAUGAUAGAACAUGUCUUAUCUAUUUAAAAUGAUAUUGCUCUCAAAAAAGGAGUUUCCAUUAAAAUUUAUAAUAUAGGAUUAACUUUUCCAAAUUAAGAGAGUAAUAUAUUAAAUACUCCCUUUUGUUUUGAUUAUGCUCUCACUAUAUUGAAUCGUUUACUUGUUAGAAAUGAUCAUAUUCUAUUGGGGAAUGAUGUACUAUAUAAAACUUAGGUAUGUAUGAAAAAUCUUGCACUUUAUACAGGAUUUAAAGCAAAAGAUUCAUAUUUUCAUAAGUUCCAUUUAUAAAAGAUUAUUCCUAUGAAUUAUCCUUAAGAUAGAUUUAAUCUUGAAAAGAAUGAUUUACAUGUUGCUUAGGAACUUAUUACUCAAGUAUUUUACAUUUAUUAAAUCCUAGUGUGUAUUGACAUCUUAAUAAACAAGAGAUUUAGGUUAAGGAGAGGAAUUCAAUAAAUUAAUUGAGUUUAUGUAUUUGAUAAAGGAGAAAUAUAAGAUUUCAGAAUGUAAUUUGGAAGAAGAAUGUAGAUAAAAUUGUCAGAGAUUAUCAGUAGCAAUCAAAAAACUAUUGUUGCCAUGA